AAGAUGAAAAGGACAGACAACGCAGCGCAACAACCACAGGCGAUCAAAAUGUCGAAAAGACAUGUCCGCCAGGAAGCACAAGAAAAUCUGUUUGAUUUUCAGCCUUGUUAGCCCUUUCUGGUUUUCCAAAGACAGAUAUAAGAGUAACUUAUGUCAAAGGGGAAGACAUGGCAGUUGUGAAAACCUGGAAGGCAACAGCUUUAACUGCAAGUGCAUCAAUCCCACAACCAAUCACUGGCUUCAAGACUUUUCAAAACCAAGUUGCAGGUCAUCUUGAACUGCAGAGCAAACCAUGUUUCCUGAUGGACAAAGAUGGUCAUGUGUUAAAAAUGGUUGAUUUUACAAGAUCUACAGGAAUUGUAGAGACAGCUUUCUUUGAAAGAAUCUUCAAUGCUGAAGAUGAUGAGCCAGAACUGAAGGAACUUCAAAAUUUUCUCCCAAAGUAUUAUGGUAUUCAGCAAAUUAAUGUAAAUGGAGAAAAAUUUUGUUACAUCAAACUUGAAAACCUUCUUGCUGGAUUCUCAAAACCUUCCAUAAUGGAUAUCAAGAUAGGAAAACAGACCUCAGAUCCAUUUGCAGACAGUGCCAAAAUACAGAGAGAAGCAAUGAAGUAUAAAUACCAAAAGGAAUUAGGAUUUAGGAUGCUUGGAUCCAAGUCAUACAGAACUCAAACUGGCAGAACAGACUUUCAUGAUAAAACAACUUGCAAAAAAUUCACACCAGAUGAUAUACCAAAGCAUAUUGCCUUUGUCCUGGAUAUAAAGAAUGUACCAGCAAGACUAUAUAUUUUGAGGGGAAUCAUUGAGAAACUGAAGAAAUUGGAAGAAUGGUUUUCAUACCAAAAUCGAGUGAAGUUAUUCAGUAGCUCCAUAUUGAUAGCAUUUGAUGGGCAGAGAGUCCAGUAUCCAGAUGCAAAAAAUACAACCUUGACACAUUUCUCUCAGGAUGAUGUUGUUGUUAGAAUGAUUGAUUUCCCUCACACAUAUAUUGACUUAAAUGAAACGCAGUCACUGGAUACAAACUACAUGUAUGGUCUUAAAAGAUUGAUCCAAAUAUUUGAGUGUUUAUGUCAAAACAUAGAAAGUGAAUAAGUUCUUCAACAUUUUUAUCCAUAUAUUGGCUGCUUAAAUAUAUUAUGGAAUAUAAUAUUAUCCAUACUUAUUAAUCAGCCCUUUUAGACACUGUAUAUACCUGAUCUUGAUUUGGUUGUUAGAAUAUGUGAUGAUUGCUUAACAAAUCUUUUUAUGUAAGCUUUUCCUAUAUAUCACCCUUGUAGAUAAUAAGAGAAGGAUUUAUGAUUUAUGAUGUUGCUAAGGUAAAAGUUCUUCUCUGGUAUACCAGAGGGUUUCUUUGCAGCCUUUCAGUGAACAUAUUUUUUUUUAAAAGGUGAUUGAAGCUUCCUUUAUUUUGCAUUUUGCAGAGUUGUGAUAACAAAGACUAGUAUCUAAUACCUAGACAUUGUUAUAUGACAACUGCGAGAUAUUACAUAAUUAUUUUAGGCAGGUCUUCAAUAACAUACCAUUAGUUUUUACCCAUUUGUGGUUUGUAUAAAUUAAUUUUAUGUUAAAAGUGACAAAUCAUGUUAUGUUAUCAUAUCUAUAAAAUAACUAUUUUUUUUAUUUUCAUCUGAUUAUAAAUUCAGAGUUGCAGCUAUAAAGUUUGUUGGAAAGUUUCCUAUUUUUUUAUUAAUAGUGUGUAAUGCUACCAUAUUCUUUUAAGUUAUGUAACGAAACAUAGAAUUAGCUUUGACAACCCAAUGCUCAUAACUGAAAUCAUACAAGUAGUAAUCAAUGAAAUCUCCUUGCUUUUUUUCUUUGCUUUUAUCUGCUAGUUGACUUUCCCACAGUUGCUGUGUAGAAUAUAAGAGGAAACUUUGCACCAUAUUUUUUGCCUUUUACUUUCAAAUCUCCAGAAAAUUGUUUGCUCUAAAUUUGGAAGAAACCCAUUUUUUAGUAGCGAGUUUUUAAAAUGACAGUUGUAUUGAAUUUGGUGACAAAAAAUGUUGACCCUAAGAUACUUUUGCAAUCAAAUAUAUGUGGGCUAUGCCCCCAGUUCUCCUAAGUUCUUGGCAGGAUAGAUUCUGUAUAUCAUUAAAAUUCAAGGUGAAAAUUGGGGAGGGAUAAUAUUUUUUUCAACCUAUUCUUUGUAAUGUGGUUCUAUGAUUUUGAAAUUCCCUUUCUGGAAGAUAAAGUUUAUAUUUGGCUUUCCCUAUUGGUAAAAUUGCCUUUCCUGUUUGUUGAUGGGAUUCGCUAAUGGGCACUGUCUAAUAUGAAUAAGAUUGAGACAAAACAUUUUUUGACAAAACCUUUGGACCAAGGGCUUCAGUGCUUGAUGGGUUAGAAUAUGUUGUGUAUUACAUAAAUUUACACCAGCAGCUGUUCUAAAUCAUCAAUUUUUGGAUGGUCUAUGGAAUAUCGAUUGAUAGUUUGGCAGAGGUUUGAACAUUUUGUUUGCUCACUGAGAUUUACACAUUAGGUAUAUAAAUUUUAUUGUAUUGUUUUAAUUUUUAGUUUUAGUUAAAAAAAGAUGCAAUUUUUGAGAAAAUUAACCAAUUUCUAGAUCGGUUGAUAUUUUUUUAUAUGCAAUGCUAAAAAUAGGUUUUGGGAAAUCGUCAAAAUUUUCCGAGAACUUUUUUUCAAAAUCAGUGUAAAUUGCCUCCAUAUCAAGAGAAUAAGGAAAAAAUUAACUUGGUUCUAGAAUGAAAGACUUUUUGUAAAAUAUUUACGUACUUCUAGAUUGAUCAAGGUUUGAAAAAAGGAUAAGAUCGUCAACAUUUUAUACAAUAUUUUUUUGUUCUACAAUUUUUUUGUCCUAAAACGUUAAAUUUACCCUAUAUGAUGAAAGCAAAUGAGAAUAUAAUUUAAUUCUGUAAUGAAAGUACAAUGAAAGGCAAAAAUGAACGUCGUUUUAAAUAGGUCAAUCUUUGAUGAAAGAAUAUUGCAACAUGAGCGGCGCCAGAUUGGGGGCUGGGGGGCUUUGCCACUUUUUAGCAAAAAAGUGUUUUUAAAAGAAUAUAAAUAAUAUUAAUAGAUGAAAAAAUAGUGUGAUAAUUCCUUUUACAGUAUUGUUUGAUUUCAAAGGAAUGAGCCAGGGUCCAUGAUGCCCCAUGAAGUAACGAAUUCCAUUUUAAGACUGGAAUUAAUCAAACGUAAAAAACCAUGCCUUGAAAAUAGCAACAAAUUUGCAAAAAGAAUGACUGCAAGAAAUAUUCUGGAAUGUAUUUUAAAGGUAAUGUGUCCAGCUAAAGCAAGCGACUCUGUGGGGGUUUUUAGAAACAUGUGAUUUUUCAUGCCAUCGGCAUCGCCCCAUCCAUUACAGUCGUUUUGUUUAUCUAUACUGUUGCGAGGUUAGCUUUUCAUGUGAGCAGUUUAGCAUUGCGAGAAUACUAACCAAUCGCAAACCGUUAUUUUGAUGGGUGGCUUGACAAGUUGGGUAUACGCAGUCCUUUUAUAUGGAUACAUUACCUUUAAGCUAGUCAAAAGGGCGUGGUCGCAAAAAUUCUCUGCUCCCUUCGUUUGCAAGGAAGCCUCCUCUUUAGAUGUACCUAAGGCCUCCGACAACCUCUCGCCAGCCUGCCAAUGUACCGCUAGCAGAACGAAUGCCCCCAUAAAAUCAUAGGAAUAAAAUAUCGUGUAACAUUUUAGUGCGUUUUUCAAAAGUUGGUUUUUUAGUCUAAUAAUGCAACUCGAGCCCCCUCACUUUGAAUAUCUUGGCGCCACCCCUGUACUUAAAUUGGCUUAGAAGCCUGGU